CGACUGUGGAGGCAACAUGAUGGCGCGACAGCAACAUUGACCCCCUUCCCUCAGCUCCCUCCGCCUCCACCGCCCACCGCCCACCGCCCUUCUCUCUCCUCCUCCCUCCUCCCUCCUCUCGCAUCCACCGUCCGUCUCCUCCGUCUGCCGGCUUCCCUGCGCACCCAGGUACACAUGUAGACGCGCACGUGGCACCGACAUGUCGUGGGUCCUGAGGACGAACAGAGGCAUCUUGCUGGCCACAUUGGCUGCUAGCGCCCUCAUAUUGCUAUACUGGAGCAGGCAGGCACACUCCCACUCACGCUCAAUAUCCAUUCCAUACGCCGACAUCCCCUCCUCCGCUUCUUCCUCCUCAUGGCGAUUCGUGGCCGAGCGAGACCGCAACGACCACUCUCUCACGCUGGCCCAGUGCAACAGGGCCUUCCCCGACCUCUACCGCGAAAUUGAUCGUUCUCGCGCCUUUUGGGAGAACCGCUUGGGUCCGGGCGGGAAGCUCACUCAGGACAAUUGGGGCUUGAAAUGGAGCAACGAUGGGGGCCUGCGGGCCAUGAUCUGGGAGGGCAAGCUGUACGUGAUUGAAUCGCGGGGACUCAAUCACUUCUUGCACUGGAAAGAGAGAUCGCAUGCCACGCUGCAUGCAAUACAACGUGCCAUCAUUGGCGCGCGUGAGCCCGUUCCGAACAUUGAGUUCAGCAUCAAGAUCAACGAUAGGAUCGAUUUGACCGAGGAACACCCCAACACCACCGUGUGGAACUUCAACCGCGACAUUACCGACAAGGCCAUGGAGCAGGUCUGGCUCAUACCCGACUUCAACUUUUGGGCAUAUCCUCGCGUGGCGGGUGCGUAUGGAGAUUACCAGCGCCAAGCUAUCGACUUUUACGAUGAUUACAACAACAAGCUGCCCAAGCUGGUCUGGAGAGGCACCACCGAAUUCAACCCUGAGAUCCGGCAGAAGCUGAUCGAGCAGAGUGAGGGCAAAGCUUGGUCCGAUGUGCACAAAGUGGCAGAAGAUGUGCACGACGAAGAGGCCACGAAAUGGAGAAUCUCCAUGCCCGAUCACUGCAAGUACAAGUUUGCCGUGCAUACAGAGGGCACGUCGUGGUCGGGCCGACUGAAGUACUUGCUGAGCUGCCAUUCGACCAUCAUCAUUCAUCCCCUGACCUUCACUACUCACUUAUACCACUUGCUCGAAGCUUCUGGUCCCACGCAAAACUAUGUGCGCUGCGAAAAAGAUUGGUCCGAUCUGCCACAGACCAUGGACUCGCUGUUGACUGAUAACGCCAAGGCUAAGCGUAUCGCCGACAACGCUGCUGCCAAGUUUCGCGACCAAUAUUUCACGCCUGCAGCACAAACCUGCUACUUCCGUCAUCUGUUCAAGGUCUGGUCAGAAAUGACACCGACUCCAGAUCCCUAUUUGACUAAAGUCAACGCGGAUGGUACCACGGAAAGGGUCUGGCGUGGUAUGACCUAUGAGGAAUAUGUUUUCCACGACGCGGGCUAUAAUGAGCACGAGUAUGAUUGAAGAAAUCAUGUUUGGGAGAACUGCCAUGCGCUCGCCACCAUUAUUGGGGCAGAGACGCCAGGUUGCGAUACUGUAGACGGACGCGACCAUAUUGAAGGGGUAAGAACCAGCUCCAGGGAUUUGGCAACAUCUGCCUUCUACAUGAGCAUUGCCAUACCGAGACGUUCUGCCGACAUAGGAGUUGGCACUCGUCCAUAGAGAUAUGUCUUAUGCCAGUACUUGGAACUGGAAAGAUGUGAACACUAUAUAUAUGUUUAUGUAGCUGCUCCGAGGGAAGAAGCCUCCUUCGAGCCUCGCCACCAUACGCGCUCGAAGCGCAAUCGAUUAGAUACUACUACUUGACCUAGGUAUAAUGCAGGGGCACGUCUCCGAUUUC